AAUUGUUGUUGAUGUUGAUUUGAUCCAAUCCCGUUAGAAUUCAGUGGCAAUUCAAACACUAUUCCCUCAUUGCCAUACUUGGUGGCUCGAAUUAAAGAUGCCAUAACCACAUUUUCAUCAGCUAAUUCUUCUUGGCCACUUGGUUACAAUUGGUACAUUUUUUUUAAUUUUUAAUUUUUUUAACUUGUUGGUACUUCACGUUAGUGUCUAAUUCCAAUGGAGACCCCAAAGCCGCCCUCCCUUGCCGCUUCUUCGGAUUCCUACGCAUUUCACCUACAAGCAUGCCUCAGAAAGAGAGACUUAUUUUCUGGGAAAUCAAUCCAUGCCCAAAUCAUCAAAUCCGGGCUUCACUUCGGAGUGUUCUUAAUGAAUAACCUUAUGAGCUUGUACAUGAAAACUGGGUAUUCUUUAGAUGCUCACCGUGUGUUUGAGGAAAUGCCUGUGAGGAAUACACUUUCCUGGAAUGCGAUUCUCUCUGCUUAUGCAAAGCAGGGAAAAUUUGAUGCAGCACGUAGAGUUUUCAAUGAAAUGCCUGAACGCGACUCUGUUUCAUGGACUUCCAUGAUCGUGGGUUACAAUCAGAUGGGUCGUUUUGGUAAUGCCAUUCAGAUGUUUGUAGAUAUGAUUUCAGAUGGAGUGACGGUGACCCAGUUCACGAUUACUAAUAUUCUUUCCGCAUGUGCUGCUGUUAAAGCUUUGGAUGUUGGUAGGAAGGUUCAUUCGUUUGUUGUUAAACUUGCAGUUGGUAGUUAUGUUUCUGUUGCAAACUGUCUUCUAAACAUGUAUGCAAAAUCUGGUGAUCCAAGGACAGCAAAGAUUGUUUUUGAUAGGAUAAGAUUGAAAAACACAUCGAGCUGGAAUGCUAUGAUUUCUUUGCAUAUGCAAUGUGGUCGUGCUGACCUUGCUCUUGUUCAGUUUAAGCAAAUGACAGAACGCGACAUCGUUUCUUGGAAUUCAAUGAUUGCAGGAUACAAUCAGCAUGGGCUUGAUAUGGAGGCACUGACUAUCUUCUCAAGUAUGCUCAAGGAUUCUUUUCUAAAGCCCGACAAGUUCACUUUGUCAAGUGUUUUGUCAGCUUGUGCUAACCUUGAGAAGUUGGAAAUCGGGAGACAAAUCCAUGCCCUUAUUAUAACUGCUGAGCUUGACACAUCCCAAGCAGUGAAAAAUGCUUUGAUCUCAAUGUAUGCUAAGUCUGGUGGGUUGGAAAUUGCUCAAAAGUUUUUAGAGCAAUGUGUGACUUCAGACCUCAAUGUUAUAGCUUUUACUGCCCUAUUGGAUGGAUACAUAAAGCUUGGGGAUAUAAACCCAGCCAGACAGAUAUUUGAUUCAUUGAGAGACCGUGACGUGGUUGCAUGGACAGCAAUGAUUGUUGGUUAUGUGCAAAAUGGGUUGAAUGAUGAUGCUUUGGAGCUCUUCAGGGAGAUGAUAAAUGAAGGCCCCAGACCAAACAGCUACACCUUAGCGGCUAUGUUAAGUGUUAGUUCAAGCAUGGCUUCUUUAGACUAUGGUAAACAAAUUCAUGCAAGUGCCAUGAGGUCAGGGGAAGUGUACUCAGUUUCUGUGAGCAAUGCUCUAAUUUCAAUGUAUUCCAAAGCUGGAAGCAUCAAUGGUGCAAAGCAAGUAUUCAAUUUGAUUCACUGGAACAGAGAUACUGUUUCUUGGACUUCCAUGAUUAUAGCCCUGGCCCAACAUGGUCUUGGGGAAGAAGCCAUUGAACUUUUUGAGAAGAUGCUGUCACUUGGUAUUAAGCCUGACCAUAUAACAUAUGUUGGCGUGCUUUCGGCCUGUAUACAUGUGGGACUGGUGGAACAGGGCAGGAGCUACUAUAAUUUGAUGAGGAACGUACACAAAAUUGAACCCACCCAUAGCCAUUAUGCAUGCAUGAUUGAUCUGCUUGGGCGUGCUGGAUUGCUUCAAGAAGCGUUCAAUUUUACACAAAGUAUGCCAAUUGAGCCAGAUGUUAUAGCUUGGGGUUCACUUUUAUCUUCUUGUAAGGUUCAUAAAAAUGUUGAUCUGGCAGAGGUUGCAGCAGAAAGAUUGCUGCUUAUAGAUCCAGACAACAGUGGGGCCUACUCAUCCCUUGCUAAUUUGUAUUCAGCUUGUGGAAGAUGGGCAGAUGCUGCACAAGUUAGAAAGUCAAUGAAGGAUAGGAGAGUGAAGAAAGAACAAGGAUUUAGUUGGAUUCAGAUUCAAAACAAAGUCCAUGUGUUUGGGGUUGAAGAUGGAGGUCACGCACAGAGAGAUGCAAUCUACAAGAUGAUGGAAAAGAUAUGGAAAGAGAUCAAAAAUAUUGGCUUUAUUCCUGGCACUGAAUCAGUAUUGCAUGACGUUAGCGAAGAAGCAAAGGAGAAGAUGCUUAAAUACCACAGUGAGAAACUUGCCAUUGCCUUUGGGCUAAUAAAUACUCCAGAGAACGCUACACUGAGGAUCAUGAAAAACCUCAGAGUUUGUAAUGACUGUCAUUCUGCCAUCAAAUUUAUAUCCAAGCUUGUGGGCAGAGAAAUCAUUGUGAGAGAUGCAACUCGUUUUCACCAUUUUAAGAAUGGGCUGUGUUCUUGUCGGGACUAUUGGUAGGCAUAGGCAUAAGCAUGAGGAUUUAAACAUAGUUUGGCUCAAGUGUACAGAAAUUGAUGUUUGUAGUAUUUGCUAUCAGGAAGAUGGUUGAUAAUUGGAAAAGAGAGCAGGUGACUGUAGCCUAACCUGUUGGUUCCAUACUGCUUGCUAUUAGAAGCCUCUUGGAUUGAGUUUCAAGUGAAACUCUUUUUUCGGAAAUCAUGUUAGCAUGUUGGGAGACAUUACAAUAUGGCAAUUGGUAGUGCUGCUAUACCUUGGAGGUGCAUUGUCUUUGAAAGAAUUAUUUGCCACAGAUUCUAACAUGGUUAGGGUGCUGACAGCCAGAAGUGAAAACAAGGGUUUUUGUUAUUUUGAUAUACAUUACCGAGUCAUUCUCUAACAGCUUAAACAUUUGCGGUCAAGUGGUAAUCUAAUAUGGUAUCAGUGGUUGUAGAAGGUCCUCCUGGUUUAAACCUCCCAUUCCUAUUCCGUACUUUUAAGGUUUUUUUGCUGGAUUGAAGAGGUCAGUUGAUCACCAGUGGAAUUUUGAUUGUUUUGCUACGGGUGGAGUUGGAGUAGAUAUAUGAAACCACAACAGGUCUGCACCAGAGCAGAGUUUUGAAUGGGGAACAUAUACAGUUGUAUCUGUUCGGUUUAAUCCUGGACAGCCAGAUAUCUUGGCAACAUCAGCAAGUGAUUGCAGCAUAUGAAUCGCGCAUGGGGUAACCACGGCGAAGAAGUUUACAUGAGGACAAAAAAUGAUGGGAAAUCAAAAUAUUCUCCUACAGGGUCUCUGGAAAUGGAUCUGAAGAUUAUUUGGAUGGUCAAGGGCUCAGGAUGAUUGCCACUUUUGAAUUCAAUCUGACGCCCAAUUUCGUAGUUUGAUGUUGAAGCCCAAUGCAAAGAAAAUUUGGGCUUCAUAUUUAACGUUCAAAAGUUGAAAAAUAUAUUUUCAACCAAUUACUUUCGUGUACGUUAGGCUAGUUGGCAAAGGCAUUGUGCAUGUCCCUUUGCACCCGUAUUCGAUCCCAUUCUCAUACAUUACAAUAAUUAAAAAUAUUGAAUUGUAAAAAACAAAAAC